GUCUCGACCUCCACCGGGCCUGUUCAGCUCAAUGGAAAUGAGGCUGCCCAGAUGAAGAAAGCGACCCUGGCACCGAAACAUGUUUCUUUCGAUCCCUCCAAGCACCUCGCCCAUACUCCCCCUUCAAAGGUGCACACUAUGAAAGAGCUCGGCUAUCCUGACAGUCGUGGCGUUUCGCCGAUUGGUGUCUCCGAGCCCUUCCCGCUCUUCUCGGCUGAGGCCAUCCAGCUCAUGCGCGAAGAGGUUUUGAGUGAUGAAGUGUUUUCUAAGCACAAAUAUUCGAGUAACAUCGCCCAGUGUCAGUUGCGGGGAUAUGCCGCUGAGUGCGCACCCUUUGUCUAUGACGCCUGGAAAAGCCCCGAGACACUGGCUAUCAUCUCUAAGAUUGCAGGUGUUGAGCUCGUCCCUGCCAUGGAUUUCGAGAUCGGUCACGUGAAUGUCUCCACGAAUAGCGAGGAGGAGAAGAACAAAGCCCUCAAGGAAGAUGAAAACCCCAUUGUGGACUGGCAUACGGACAGUUAUCCUUUCGUCUGUGUGACCAUGCUUUCCGACUGCAAGGACAUGGUCGGCGGAGAAACAGCCCUUAGGAAGGGCAACGGCGAGGUCGUGAAGGUUAGAGGUCCACAGAUGGGCUCCGCGGUGAUUCUUCAGGGACGAUACAUUGAACACCAAGCUCUCCGUGCGCUGGGAACGACUGAACGGAUCUCCAUGGUGACGUCGUUCCGACCUCGUGCUUCGGCCACCAAGGACGACACUGUUCUAACCACUGUCCGUCCCAUCUCAGAUCUGGGCGGGCUUUAUCAUGGAUUCGCUGAAUACCGCUUCGAGAUCCUUGAAGAUCGUCUUCGCGCAGCCAACAAACUCAUGCGGGACCGAGAGCGAUCUAAACGGCCUUUCGAUACUCUUGCUAUGAAACGAUUCAUCCGCGAGCAGAUCGAAUUCUUGGAGCAUAUGGACAAGGAAAUCGUGGACGACGAUAAAGUUAUCAAGGGCCUUCUCGAUGACAGCCACCUGAUCUCCGAGGAUCUCAAGCUGCAGCAAUCCAGGAAGCGUGCCUUUGCUGCUGUGGACUAGACCGGUCUUCGGGUGCAAUGCCACGGCUGGUGAUGCCUCGCCAUUUCUCUUCUUCCCCUUCAUCUUCUCAAAAAUCAAGUCCGGCUGGUCUCGAGAUGUUAUUCUUAGGUAAUUUUUUUUAGUCUUUCUUAGGGGUUUCCCGCUUAUGGCUUCGGUGUCGCGCUGGGUGCUGGGUGCUAUUGGACUUGCGCGUGACAAAUGACAAUGGUUGCAACUGGGCCACUGGGAUCUGAUGAAUUUCUUUUGUUGAUCAAGCAUGCCGAUGUUUUGUUGCACGGGAAUUGUUCAGCUCGUAGCUUUACUGGGCUUGAAUGAUUCAGCGAUAUAGCAUUGGAAGAUCGUUUAAUUUCCUUGAUAUCGUGCAGUAGGAUGUCAGGUUGAAACAAAGUUUCAU